AUGGGCGGUCCAGGGUAUUCUAACAAAUUACCUACUCAACAUUCAGUCUUUGAUUUAUUAAUUAACUUUGCCCUUGCACGCACUUUUGAAACGUGUGCUACAUUUGGUCGUGUAGCUUGCAUAUGUGAAAACCUUUCACUGAAUUGGCCAGACAAAAGAUUCCAGUUUAUUUUAAAACCAAAAAUGGUUAAAGCUCGUAAAGUACCAAAUGCUACUAAAGAAGAGCUGAUGAUGUUAACUGUCAGUGAGAUUAUCUCCCACCUACUGAAAGCCAUUGAAGAGAAACGUGAUGUUGAUUUGAAUAAGCUGAAAUCUGCUGUAUCUAGUAAAUACGGUUUAGCUUCACAACCGAGACUAGUCGAUUUAAUCGCUGCUGUUCCAACAGAACAUAAACAUAUAUUAUUACCUCGAUUAAAAGCCAAGCCAGUACGAUCAGCUAGUGGUAUUGUUGUCAUAGCAGUCAUGUGUAAACCACACCGAUGUCCACAUAUCGCUAUGACUGGAAAUGUCUGUGUUUAUUGUCCUGGUGGGCCAGAUUCUGAUUUUGAAUAUUCUACACAAUCCUAUACUGGAUAUGAGCCAACUUCAAUGCGUGCUAUACGAGCUCGUUACAAUCCUUUCAUUCAAACACGUCAUCGUAUUGAACAGCUUCAACAACUUGGACAUACAUGUGAUAAAGUGGAAUUCAUUGUUAUGGGUGGUACAUUUAUGUGUUUACCUGAAGACUAUCGUGAUUAUUUUAUUCGAAGUUUACACGAUGCUCUAUCUGGUCAUACAAGUCAAAAUGUUGAUGAAGCUGUUAGUUAUUCUGAAAGAAGUAAAACAAAAUGCGUCGGUAUCACUAUAGAAACACGUCCAGAUUAUUGUUUAAAGAAACAUUUAAGUGAAAUGUUACGCUAUGGAUGUACACGAUUAGAAAUUGGUGUUCAAAGUGUUUAUGAAGAUGUUGCUAGAGAUACAAACAGAGGUCAUACUGUCAAAGCGGUGUGUGAAUCCUUUCAUAUGUCUAAAGAUGCUGGAUUCAAGGUAGUUGCACAUAUGAUGCCUGAUUUACCAAAUGUUGGUUGGGAAAGAGAUUUAGCCCAAUUCGCUGAAUACUUUGAAAAUCCAGCAUUUCGAUCAGAUGGAUUGAAAAUUUAUCCAACACUUGUUAUCCGAGGGACUGGUCUCUACGAGCUCUGGCGUACUGGUCGUUAUCGAAGUUAUCCACCUGGAAUGCUGAUUGAUUUAAUUGCAAGAAUUUUAGCAUUAGUUCCACCAUGGACUAGAGUUUAUCGAAUUCAAAGAGAUAUUCCUAUGCCAUUAGUUACUAGUGGUGUUGAACACGGUAAUCUACGUGAACUUGUUUUAGCUAGAAUGGAAGAAUUAGGCGCCACAUGUAGAGAUGUACGAACUCGUGAAGUUGGCAUACAAGAAAUACAUUCACGUGUUAAACCAUAUCAAGUUGAACUUAUACGUCGUGAUUAUGUUGCUAAUGGUGGCUGGGAAACAUUUUUAGCCUAUGAAGAUCCUUAUCAAGAUAUUUUAGUCGGUCUAUUACGUCUGCGUAAAUGUUCACCACAAACAUUCAGACCAGAAUUACGUGUUACACGCCCUACGAAUACCACCACAGCUUCUGCUGCUGCUGGUGUUGUUGGCGAUCAUCAAGGUGAUACAGAUCCAUUGUGUUCAAUUGUACGUGAAUUACACGUAUACGGCAGUGCUGUCCCAGUAUCAGCUAGAGAUCCAACGAAAUUUCAACAUCAAGGUUUUGGAACAUUAUUAAUGGAGGAAGCUGAACGUAUUGCUAAAUAUGAACAUGGCUCAUUGAAAAUUGCAGUCAUCUCUGGUGUUGGCACUAGAAAUUAUUAUCGAAAGCUUGGUUAUGAACUUGAAGGUCCGUAUAUGGUGAAACUUUUGUGAUACAUUCAAUAUUUUCAUGGCAAUAAGAAAUGUCUUCCUACCAUUCUUUGUACAUUUUUUGCUUUUUUCUAUAAAGAUAAAAGACUCUUCACAUACCCUGUAAUUUUCCCUUGUUUAUUUAAUUUAAAA